AUGGCUCGCCGCCCCAUAUGGGUGGAGACCCCGGUUCGGCCACCCUAUCUUGGAAAGGGGGUGGCCGAACCACCCCCAUCACCACCACCCAUGUAUCCUCCUCGCCCUAGCCUCUUUCUGGUUUUGUUCUUGCUCGCUUCAACUUCCUACGGCUUCCUCUUCCAGAUCUGCUCUACAACCCACGAAGAUGAAGAAUUGGCUGUGGUUGUAGACCCAAACCUGAGGUUUGAGAACCCAAGAGCCGAAGCCACCCUAGUUCACUUGGCCGAAGUGAGAAAUUUCUACCACAACAGUAUCAUCAUCAACUGGGAGGGGUUAUUUCCGUGGCUCCCCAUCAAUUCUGAUGAAUUUUGUGUUCUUUGUUUUUGGAAAUGGCAGACGAACCUGACAAUAUGCGAGGGACGAGAGGGGACUGACUUUUCUGAUGGAGAUGUGUUGAUUUUCCCGGAUAUGAUCAAGUACAGGGGUUUGAAGGAAUCGGAAGUGGAUAGCUUUGUCGAGGAUGUUCUUGUUAACGGUAAUCUAUGGGCUUCGGGAGUGCCAGAGGUGUUGCCUGGUUCUCAUGUUUUUGUGUGCGCUCAUGGUAGUCGUGAUCGGAGGUGUGGUGUUUGUGGACCUGUUCUCAUUGAAAAGCUUAAUGAGGAGAUUGAGUUGCGUGGAUUAAAAGAUCAGCUGUUUGUUAAUCCAUGCUCACACAUUGGGGGCCACAAGUAUGCUGGGAAUGUGAUUAUCUACAGUCCAGGUCCAGAUGGGAAGAUUAUGGGUCAUUGGUAUGGCUAUGUUACUCCUGAUGAUGUGCCUGCAUUGCUUGAUCAGCAUAUUGGAAAGGGAGAGAUCAUAGAACGGCUUUGGAGAGGGCAAAUGGGGGCAGCUACCGAGGAAGGUGGAAAAGCGGAUGAACAGAAGCUUCCUAAUGGGGAUGCGAAGAAAAGCAAGAAGAAGAAGCACGAAGAAAACAGCACUGAGAGUAAUAAGGAUAAUGUGGCAGGCUGUUGCCAGGUUGGUAGUGGGUUUACUUGUUGCAAAGACGGAAGUUUGGAGCAGAGCAGUGUGGGUGAAGAAAAGAAGCUGAAAGAAACCAUAGCAGUGGAUGAAAAGAAGGGUCUGGGCAAAGUGUCAGGCUGGUUUGGAUCAUGGGAGCAAAGUGAUGUUCUCACAGCCGCUGCUGUGGUUGGAGCAGUGGCAACAGUUGCUGUGGCCUAUAGCUUUUACAGGAGGUCUGGGUGAAAUAUGCUCUAUUUGUUAUCCACGUGUUCAAGUUUUUUUGUGGGUCUGUAUACCCUGGUUUUUUGUAGGGAGAUGUGAUAAACAUCUAUAAAAUAAUCCUCUGAACAACAUGUGUUCCAUGGAGGGAAAACUAUAGGUAUAUGUUCUGCUUAGCAGGUGGGCAGAAUUACUAAAAGUUUUAGCAGAUUUAAAAGAUGAACAAUUUGUAUCCCCUUCUUGUAUUCGAUUCUGCUCAACCCAAAAUUGUUGUUUUAUUACUCUUGCUGACUGGGCUUGUUUAAUGUGCCAGAGAUGAUUCUAUGAUUUUAUUGGAUAGUUCCUAUACUAAUAGUGAAACCUUUUUUUUUUU